UGGAAUGGCGAGAGAUAUAUCACGAUAUAUAUUACAAACCACCUCGCCUUCAGGGUAAACAUCAUUAUACAGUGGAUAUUAAAACUAAAAGGGAUGAGAGUGACACGUUCAGAAAAUAAUAUGGCAGUACCUGCGAGCGGGUGAGAUGAGGAAACGGUAUGUAGCUAAUAGCCCUAAUCUGUGGGAUAACACAAGGAUUGUUCAUAGCAGUAAACUCUGGGGUAGUAUUCAGCAUGGAUCAGAAAUGAAUGUAUAAGGUUGCAUGUUUUUCUCCUUAUGGGAAUCCAUAGAACAUCUAACAGAUGUCAAACGACUGUACCGGAUGGGGUUUGCGUGUUGGGAGGAUUCGAAGACGCGUACACGUGUCGCUUGAUCUGCGCGCGGAGGUUCAAUUUGCAUACAUUUUACUGUAGCUAUGAUUGUAGCCUAUAAGGCGUGUUUCUCCAUUGCAUAUGCUAGUAGUUUACAGUAGUCUACAUUAGGCUAUUAUAACAACAACUGCUGUAAAGUGAAUGUACAUCCACAGUGCAAUGAAAACAUCACCAUAGGAAUAAACACAAACAAGGAAAUAAACAGACAUUCAAUCAAAUAAUUUAAGAAUUAUAAUCAUAUGAAAACCACUACGGAAGGUGCGCUACUUUUAACCUAAAGUACUUGUUAUGCUAUUUCUGUCUAUACAUUUUAAUUUAAUGUGUGUGUUAGCCUACAUUUUAAAAAGUGGGCUACAAUUAAAAUUCGACUAGCCUACUUCAGGCUCCUCUCUAUAGUCCAAUGUAUUAAGGACAUUAAGGACAUGCUGGUACCUUCAGGGACUUGCUUCAUUAGCACUUGCUAGAGCAGCUGUUUAGGGUACAGGACCAGAUGUUAGUUGGGCGGAAUGGGUUUUUGGUUUGUGAGUUGAGCAGACUAGAGGCUUUGUCGCACCAGUGAAGUGGAGCGAGACGGGAGUGUUCUUGGCCAGUGUACCGCAGGCAGCCAGUGCCACGCGGGAACUCCAUGCCCUGUCCCGUUACCUGGAGACACCAGGCGACCACACUGGGGCCACGAGACCAGGUGAUACUACUCCAAAGCACGCGACUCGCAUGUUCCCGCCACUGCCAUGGAUGACUCUGGAAUCAUUCGACGUCGGAGGCUCCAGAAGGAUCUGCCUCUGCCUCGAAAAAGUAGCAGUUGCCGGACCAGUAACCGGAAGAGCCUCAUUCUAACCAGUACAUCACCCACUCUCCCUCGACCACACUCACCUCUCCCUGGACACAUAGGAAGUAGUCCAUUGGACAGCCCAAGGAACUUCUCCCCCAGUGGCCCUGCCCACUUCUCAUUUGCCUCCUCUAGAAGGGCGGACGGUCGAAGAUGGUCCCUGGCCUCUCUCCCCUCCUCUGGAUAUGGCACCAACACACCCAGCUCAACGUCCUCCUCCUCGUCACAGGAGCGGCUGCACCAGCUGCCCUUCCAGCCCACCAUGGAUGAGCUGCACUUCCUGUCCAAGCACUUCGGCAGCACCGAGAGCAUCACUGACGACGACGGGGGCCGCCGCUCGCCACAUGUUCGCCCCCGCUCCCGCAGCCUCAGCCCGGGGCGCUCACCGUCUUGCUAUGACAAUGAGAUAGUAAUGAUGAACCAUGUCUACAAGGAGCGCUUCCCCAAGGCUACAGCCCAGAUGGAGGAGCGUCUGUCAGAGUUCAUCCAGAACUUCUCCCCGGAGAGCGUGCUGCCGCUGGCUGACGGGGUCCUCAGCUUCAUCCACCACCAGAUAGCAGAGCUGUCCAGAGACUGCCUGACCAAAUCACAGGACGGACUCAUCACAACGGUGUAUUUCUUUGAGCUGCAGGAGAAUCUGGAGAAGAUGCUCAACGACAGCUCUGAGGCCUUGACCUUCUCUGAGUUGACCUUCGUCACUGAGCUGGUCAAAAAGCUCUUCAUCAUCAUAUCUCGUCCCGCCCGGCUUUUGGAAUGUCUGGAGUUCAACCCAGAGGAGUUCUAUCACCUGCUGGAGGCAGCGGAGGACCACGCCAAGGAGGGACACCUGAUGAAGACGGACAUCCCUCGCUACAUCAUCAGCCAGCUGGGUCUGACCCGGGACCCUCUGGAGGACAUUGUGAGCAUGGACAACUACUAUGACAGUGAAGGUCUCCACACCCCAGAGCCAGACGAUUCUGCAGAGGGGAAGAUGAAAGCCAUGAAGCCGCCAAGUGAAGAAGACUUUCAAACCAUCAAGCUGAUCAGCAACGGAGCAUAUGGUGCGGUGUACCUGGUACGUCACAGGGAGACCCGUCAGCGUUUUGCCAUGAAGAAGAUCAACAAGCAGAACCUGAUCCUGAGGAACCAGAUCCAGCAGGCCUUCGUAGAGAGAGACAUCCUGACCUUCGCUGAGAACCCCUUCGUGGUCUCCAUGUUCUGCUCCUUCGAGACUCGCAGGCACCUCUGCAUGGUCAUGGAGUACGUUGAAGGGGGAGACUGUGCCACUCUGCUGAAGAACAUUGGGGCGCUGCCCGUGGAACUCACCAAAAUGUACUUUGCAGAGACCGUGCUGGCACUGGAGUACCUACACAACUAUGGCAUCGUGCACCGAGACCUCAAGCCUGACAAUCUUCUGAUCACCUCUAUGGGCCACAUCAAGCUGACCGACUUUGGCCUGUCUAAGAUGGGUCUGAUGAGCCUCACCACCAACCUGUAUGAGGGACACAUCGAGAAGGACGCACGCGAGUUCCUGGACAAACAGGUGUGUGGCACCCCAGAGUACAUAGCCCCGGAGGUGAUCCUGAGACAGGGCUACGGGAAGCCGGUGGACUGGUGGGCCAUGGGCAUCAUCCUCUAUGAGUUCUUAGUGGGCUGUGUGCCCUUCUUUGGAGACACGCCUGAGGAGCUCUUUGGACAGGUUAUCACAGAUGACAUAGUGUGGCCUGAUGGAGAUGAGGUCCUGCCUGCUGAUGCCCAGGGACUGAUAUCAACCCUGCUACAGACCAAUCCACUGAUGAGGCUGGGUACAGGGGGAGCGUUUGAGGUGAAGCAGCACUCGUUCUUCUCUGACCUGGACUGGAACAGUCUACUGAGACAGAAGGCAGAGUUCAUACCUCACCUGGAGUCAGAAGAGGACACCAGCUACUUCGACACCCGUUCAGAUCGUUAUCACCACAUCAAUGCGUACGAUGAGGAUGACACCAACGAUGAUGAUGAGCCUGUUGAGAUCAGACAGUUCUCCUCCUGCUCCCCUCGCUUCAGCAAGGUGUACAGCAGCAUGGAGCACCUGUCCCAGUUGGAGCAGAAGGCCCCCUCAGUGACUCGACGGGAACACAAGGGCUCCCGGGAGGACAACAGGGGGAAGAGAGAGAGUCUGGGAAGCUUCCCUAUCAGGGACAAGAGCUGGAGGACCGGUUCACCUGAGAUGAAGCGUCUGUCCGGUUCUGAGUCCCUCUACAUGGACGGUGACUCCAGCCCUCCCCUCGGGGCCCGGCGCCGUUUCUCCGCCCUCAUGGACACGCAUCGCUUCGCCUCACAGCAGGAGGACAACCCAGACCCCCUGACACGCCAGCCCCCUGUCAAGGCCAGGGGGACUUCACUGGAGGUGGCCUCCGUUCCCUCCACACCCCCCUCCACCCCCAGCACCACCCCUGACCCAAAGGAGGAACAUGUAGGAGAGAAACCACCAAGCCCAGGCGAGACUCUGGGAGCCACGCCCACUCCAUCCACUACUCCUGGACCUACAUCAGCCAAUAGGGAGCUGGGGGCAGGACCUGUGUAUGACCCCCUGGGCCCCCGGGCCACGAAUGACCUGGUCCUCCGCAGGGCGAGACACCAGCAGAUGUCUGGAGACACAGGGGAGAAGAGGAACUCACGGCCUGGCAACAAGGUUAUCAAGUCAGCCUCGGCCACAGCCCUAUCUGUCAUCAUACCUGCAGUAGACCAGUACGUCCACAGUCACAGCUCCCCCUUGGCCAGCCCCAUGUCCCCCCGCUCCCUGUCUUCCAACCCCUCCUCCCGGGACUCGUCACCCAACCGUGACUACUGUCUGGCCCCCGCUGUCAGCGUGCUGCGCUCUCCCAUCACCAUCCACCGCUCAGGGAAGAAGUACGGAUUUACCCUCAGGGCGAUACGGGUCUACAUGGGAGAUACGGAUGUUUACAGUGUCCAUCACAUCAUCUGGCACGUGGAGGAUGGAGGCCCCGCCCAGGAAGCAGGACUGUGUGCUGGUGACCUCAUCACCCAUGUGAAUGGGGAGUCUGUCCACGGAUUGGUCCACACGGAAGUGGUUGAACUCAUUCUAAAGAGUGGCAACAAGGUGACAGUGACCACCACACCGUUUGAGAACACCUCCAUCAAGGUGGGUCCGGCACGCAAGUCCAACUACAAGUGCAAGAUGGCCCGACGCAAUAAGAGGCCCAUCGGCAAAGAGGGACAAGAGAGUAAGAAGCAUAGCUCCCUGUUCAGGAAGAUCACUAAACAGUCUAACCUGCUCCACACCAGCCGCAGCCUGUCUUCUCUGAACCGCUCUCUGUCGUCCAGUGACAGUCUACCAGGUUCUCCCUCCCACAACCUGUCAGCCCGCUCCCCUACACAGCAGGGAUACAGGUCCACACCUGAGUCCUCCUACCUGGGUGUGUCCUCUCAGAGCAGCUCUCCUGCCUCCAGCACCCCCAACUCCCCUGCCGCCUCCCAGCACAUGCGCCCCAGCUCCCUGCACGGCCUCUCCCCCAAGCUCCACCGCCAGUACCGCUCGGCCCGCUGCAAGUCUGCCGGCAACAUCCCCCUCUCCCCCUUAGCCCACACACCAUCCCCCACCCAGUCCUCCCCUCCCCCACUCCCAGGCCACACCAUCGGUAGCUCCAACACCACCCAGACCUUCCCUGCCGGGGCAAAGCUCCACUCAUCACCACCCGUGGUCCGCCCCAGGCCCAAGUCCGCCGAGCCGCCCCGUUCCCCACUCCUCAAGAGGGUCCAGUCAGCAGAGAAGCUCACCUCGCCGCUGUCUCAUUCCCAGUCGUCGAGUGGUGGGGUGGGAGGGCCUCUGAGGAAACACAGCCUGGAGGUCCAGCACUCUGACUUGUACCGCAAGGACCAGUUCCACUGUUGCGAGCUGGGGCUCCAGAGUUUGUUGGAGACGGAAGGGGAGAAUCUACCACCUCUGAACCCCCCACUGCUGCCCUCCGCCCCAGGCUCCCAGGGUUCAUCUACAGGGGCAACUACCACGACACCAGAGACGGGGGUGCUCAAGCCGAUGAGGAAGUUAGGGAGGCAAGAGUCGCCGCUGAGUAGGGAUACACUGCUGGCUGGGAGGGAGAGGGAAAGAGAGAGAGAGAGGAAGAGAGAGAGAGAAAGAUCGAGGGAGAGGGUGGGAGAGAUCAUUAUGGCUUAUAGCAACAGGACAACAACCGUCCCAGAGAGGUCACCUAACCGAGGAGGAGGAGCCACAGCAGAUAAUCACCAAUCAAUAGCUAGAAAACCCUCAACCAGUGAGCAUACCUUUAGCCCUCAGAGUAGCCCCACCUACAGAGCUCAAUCCAGCCAAUCGCCAAAUCUGGAUUCCAUCAAAACUACAAGUCCCAAAACUACAAGUCCCAUUACUCCCACUGGGUCACCAGGUAUAUUUAGGGGCCAUCCAGAAGGAGCAGAGAAGAGCCAGCGUCAAACAAACAUGUCUAUCAAGCAACAAAGCCUCCGAACGGCCGUGAGUACAAGCCCUCUCAGCCAAGACUCCCAGGAGAAUUACGGGGAGAACAGAACGGAACCAAAGCUAAAUGGAGACAACAAGGUGUGUCCUCCUCCCAGGCCCAGCAUGCCCUGUGGGGGCCCUCUAGGGAGAGGCACUAGUCCAGACAGAGGCAUGGGUAUGGGUGGAUCAUCAAUAACGUCAGGGUCUACAGGUAUGUUCAAGGCUAGUAGUAAACCAUCAGGAAUAGUAGGAGAGAGCCUGAGAAAGAAUGGAGCCGAGAACAAUGGCUCUCCAAGAACUUCAGAACUGGGGUUGAGAAGCCCCAAAAGCCCCAAACCUCCAGCCAGGGCCCUGGCUCCAGCUGUCCCACCCCACGGACAACCCCUCUCCCUGGGCAAGGUGAGGCAGGGCCUGGGGCCUGUCAACUGCUACCGAGGGACCCUGGACUGGGAGGAUAAAUGUCGGCUGGAGGUAGUAGAAGAACAUUCUCCAUCCCCCUCCCCCUCCCCCACAGGCAUCACCCCUUCGCUCUGCGCACCCUCCUUCUGUCCAGGCAGGUCCAGGCCUGUUUCCCCCGGCGACAAGACCAGCUUUGUCACCCAGCUGACCAGUGCCGCUAAAUUGGUCCUGGGGCCUAUAAAGGGGUCAAUGGUGUCCCAGUCCCAGGAGGGGCCCAAGGGGAAGGAGCUGAAAGACAUGCCCAAGUCGGGUGAGGAGAAGCAAGGUGCCUCGGCAGGAAAGUCUGAGGCUUCGUCCGGACUCGGAGUCCGGAUGGUUGGCGGUGGCACCACAGUGGCCCAAAGUCCAGCUGACUCUGUUCCUCAGUCUGAUAAAGCGAACACAGGUAGCCACCCCCCCAAAUUGUAACCCUUCUAUCUGAAAGGAGUUUAGAGAGGGGGGCAUUGAGAAAUGAGAUGCCUUUUCAGAUUUCUAGAACAAUUCCACAAUGUCAAGCACUUAAGACGACAUUCCAGUUCUAGAAAAGCAUAUCAACAUGGAAUUGACUUAUCUGUAACCAUGAGUGAGCAGAACUAUUGUAAAGGUGCUGCUACGGCCAUUUUCUAUUAUACAGUUAGUAUAUAUUAAGACAACGCUCCACUUUAUGAACUAUUAGAUAUCUAUAACAGAUCUGUAUGUAUGUACGUGAAAUGAAUGCAUGUCAUGUGGUACAUUUUGUGUGUUUCUAGAAUAAAAAGGAGUGAAAAGUGCUUUACUGAUCAAAACAUGCUGAAUACUGUGAAACACCAAAUCCAUUUACCUACUCGUUUUUUCUAUCUCGACUAAACGACCAAUCACUUCUGUUUCUGUAAUUCACUCAAAUAAACGUAAUCACAAGCAGAGGG